AUUUUAACAGACCGAGAGCGACAUCUAGUGUCUAAUUAAAAAACUGCAUCUUGGAUACCUUGCAUCCGUAAUGCUAAAAUAUACCACACACUGCCUGCAUUUGUAUUCCAUCGCCUCAGCCGCAGUAUCGGAUUUGGAAGAUCCUUGAUGGCAUCUAACCACGUCUUGGUCCACUUUGUGUAGGCUAUUUGUGUCUGAAGAUACAGAGUGAGAUCACUUGGUGUGUACAGUUGACCGUUACCGUAAGGUCUGAUGGACUCGGUGCGGACCACCCCUCACUGCGGUACAGUAGUGAAAGAUAAAUAUAUCCCCCCCACACCUCCUCCUCCUUUCGUGGAGUCCGCAACAUCCUGGCUGGCCGUGGCUGGUGAUCGCAGGCAGCGGCAAGCCCCCUCAAGACGGAUGAAUUAGAAAAACCUGCUGUAACCGCCGGCACCCUCUUUGCUUUUAUUUGUUUUAUAUAGUGAAGAGUCAAGCUGUAAACACUGCUGCCAUCACCCUGAGUGUGAAGCGGAUACAAGGCUUCCAGUGUGCGGAUUCACCAUGGGGAUCAAGGCUGCCCUCCCCAGAUAUGAGCUCUAUCUCUACACAGCUGUACUCGGCGUGGCCUUGAUAUGGGCAGGCAGUUGGAUAUUUGAAGCUUCAAGUGAGAAUGUAAACAGAAAGGCCUUCAGAGAAAGUGUGAAACCAGGAUGGCAUUACUUUGGCAGGAAAAUGGAUGUUGCGGACUUUGAAUGGAUCAUGUGGUUCUCUACAUUCCGCAAUCAUAUCCUUUUUGCUUUCAUUGGUCACGUUAUCUUCGCCAAGAUAUUCACGCUGCUAGCUCCAAAGAUUGGUAUGGAUGGAUGUAAGCACAGAUCCUUGAUCUUUGGUAUGUAUGGUGGUUUGGCAGUCCUGGUCACGAUGGGCUGGACCUUCAUGGCUCUGGUUCUGUCUCACUGCAUCAUACUCUACAGUGUAGCUCUAGUAAAGAGCAAGUGGAUGUGCUUUGCUGCUGGUUUGACCACACUGGCCUCCAUCAAGCUGGAGCCCUAUAACUCCUGGCAGGAAUCUUUGGUGACUGGCUCUUUUGACCUGCAAGACAUCCUGUUCUAUGGAGGCUGCGGCUUCAGCAUCAUGCGCUGUAUGAGCUUUGCACUGGAGAACUGUGAGAAGAAGGAUGGCAACUUUACAUUCUCUGACCUGCUCAAAUACAACUUCUACCUCCCCUUCUUCUUCUUUGGACCUAUCAUGACCUUUGACAGGUAUCAUGCCCAGGCAAACAACACCCAGCUGAUCCGUAAGGAAAGAGAGAUGUGGAACAUCAUCACCAAGGCCUUGGUGCAUCUGGCAGUUAUCCUGGUGGUGGACGUCUUCUUCCACUACCUCUACAUCUUGACGAUCCCCAGCGACAUAAAGCUGGUCACCAAGCUUUCUGACUGGUGUCUGGCUGGUCUGGCCUAUUCCAACCUGGUCUAUGACUGGGUGAAAUCAGCUGUGAUGUUUGGUGUCAUCAACACUGUGGCCACACUGGACCACCUGGACCCUCCUCAACCUCCCAAGUGCAUCACCAUGCUCUAUGUCUUCGCUGAGACGCACUUUGACAGAGGCAUCAAUGACUGGCUGUGCAAGUAUGUUUAUGACUAUAUUGGUGGGGAUCACGAUAAAAUCUUCAAAGAGCUCCUGGCAACCUUCUGCACCUUCGCUAUCACCACCUUGUGGCUGGGCCCAUGUGAGCUGGUUUAUAUCUGGUCCUUCUUCAACUGCUUUGGCCUCAACUUUGAGCUGUGGGUGGCCAAGUUGUUCUCUCUUCCGCCAUUUUCUACCAUAGAGGGUGCAAUGGGUGAAGCCAUGUCGCGCAGGAUCCGUGGUGUGUUCAAUGCUGCUAACUUUUGGGCCAUUGUCCUCUACAACGUUCUCUCCCUGAACAGUUUGGACUUUGCCAAACUGGUGGGAAGACGGCUGAUUUUUAAAGGGUUUCCUCUGUCCACCCUCUCAGUGUUACUUGUGACCUACUGUGGCGUGCAGCUGGUGAAGGAAAGGGAGAGACAACAAGCCCUGCUGGAUGAUCCGCAGCCGAUAAAGUCGGUAGAUGGUGGCAAAGAAAAAGCUGAAUAAACGCACAGAAAAACUGACUUUCACAGACUUCGUGGUCAGCGGCCCCCCUCACGUUGUUCCAUCCUCAACCUUGUGAACUGCGCCAACCCAGACUGCAACAGCCAGUCAGCAUCUGUGUUGUUCACAAGCCUGUGUUUGUGCUUGUGUUUGAAACAAAGCAAUGUUUUGAACUGUGAAGAAUCCUCAAGUGCACUUGCUGUAGAUAAUUACCACAUCCUUUGGCACAAGCCCACCGAUAGUGCAUUUUGUACUUGUAUUUUCUCUGAACAAAAGAUUAUUUAGCAAAUGACAGGCCUGGCAAUUAUUUAUGAGGCUAUAAGGACAUACAGUAUUGUAAAGGAGCACCCAUUGUUGAGAUGACGUUGUCUCCUGUGUUCAUUUUUGAUUUUUCUCAGAUUUGGACAUUUUUCCUUUUACAAAAAAAAACAUCAUCAUUAUGAACACUUUUGUCAGAUGAGGUCUUAAUUUUGCCUUAGUCGCCUUAUCAUGUUUAACAGUGCUGAAAGGAUUAAAAACUUGAAAUCAGGGUGCAAUAUAUGUAGUGCAAUGAAGAAAAUAAACAAAGGGUGCUAUGGAGAUCCUCCACAUAGCUUGCAGCUGAUUGUAAUGUAUAUUUUAUCUGCUGUCACUAAGCAAUCAUACAAAUCGCAAUGUAUAGGAUAGUCUGCUUUAAUGUCGAUGGAGAAUGUAUUUGAGCUCUGAUAAUGUUGCCAGUUUCAAUGUUCAACCAUCCAGGGAGCGACAGCUUUACUGGGCCACCAUAUUGUCUACAGAAGAUUUCUGUAAAUGUACCAGUUAAGCAUCCCUCCACUAACGCCUUCACAUGAUCCAGACCCUCUGUUUACUAUGAAAGGCAAAAAGUUCUGCAGGGAAUAUGGGUCAGUCUUAUCCUGCCUGUCAAAAAAACCUGCUGUGGGUUUUCAGUACAGUAGGCGGUCACUGAGAGUUUAUACAGAUUGUAAUGUCUCUUUUCACUGUAGGGUGUUUAUUCAAAGUUUUUAUUCAAAAUUAAAUUCAAAAUUUAAAAUGUGAAUAUUUGCAUGGUCGAAUGGAUAAGCAUGGUCUGCAUAAAACAGUUUAUCAAUUUAAUUUUUAAAUUGAUGGAAAUUUUUAAUAUGUUGAUAAAGGCUGUUGGAUUUUAUUUGUAUGUUACAUGUCAUCUAUCACCACAAGGUGGCCCAGUUUGACCAAAUUUCAUCAGUGAAUCAUCACUCUGCAGGAGUUUGAGACAACUUCCACUUUUACCAUAGGCCUUUUUCUUAAAAGAAAUAUUCAGAUGUCAAAGUAGGAAAUCAUUUAACUGCUCCAGUUUCAGUGUCUUGGUAUUGUGAUGCUGGCUCUCUCUCUGAGCCAUAAAUCAAGCGGAGCUAUUGUUAAUGUUAUUAGUAAAAUUUGCUGCUUUUUAUACUAUGACUAGACAGUGUCUGCUGUGACAAAGGCCUGUUGUCACCAGUGCAUGUUGUUUGGUGGCAUCAUGUCAUUUCUAGUAACAACCAUUUGGGGAAUGAUGAUAAUAAUUCAUAGGUGUAAUCGAUAAAGUUAACUGUGUUCUGAAUUCUGACUUACUGAUAUGAUGUUGCAUUUUAGUUAAUGUUAUUAGUUUCACCUGUGCUUUUCCUGAUAUGACGAGCUAAAAUCCCUGCUGUGAUACGUCUGAAGAUCUUUUCUGUGUUCAUAACACAUAACCUGACACAGAUGUUCCUCAUAAUUACUAACAGGUGAGACGCUCUUUAUAUCCUUAUUCUUUCUUCAAUAGUUCAUCUUGCAGUUGAAAAAUGUGUAUUAAUCAAUAAAAACUUAAAACUCAGUGCAAAUGUUUAACGCUUAACAACACUUUGAAAGGUCAAAUUUCAAAACAGUAAACACAUGAAGACAAAAAAGGGGAAGAAUAUGUUUCAUAUGUUAUCCUAAAGGUAUUUCAUAAUUAAAUCUCUGUUCAAAUGAUUCAAAUGAUUCUGAGAUCAUUUAAUCAUCUUCAUUUCAUAUGGUGUCAUUGAAAUCAAAUGGUUUUGUUUUUUGUUUUUUUUUUUCAAACUUUCCAAACCUGAUAGCAUUCUUACAGUUCAGGCAUUCUUGUUUCCAUUGGUCUUGUCAUAUCUUGUGGAUAAAGAAAGGAGCAUUGUCAGACAAAACAUGAAUAAGUCAAAGUGGACGACUUUGUCUUUCAUAGAUUAAGUUUCCGCACUAGACUUGGCUUCUGUUUUAAUCUUUAGAAUGGGAAAAUUGCCAUUUUCAGCCAAUAGGUGCCAGUGUUGUUUAUCUAACUGGAUUUCACGAUUGUGUGAUGAAAAGAAACACACCAACCAAAAAUGAAAAUUCAGUCAUUAUUUACUCACCCCCUUUUUAAUGAAGGUUUUAAGCUGCUUCAGUGGUACUGAAUUUUAUUUAUAUACUUUUGACAUUUUUCUGAAGUAUUUCUUCAAAACUGGCUCCACAUAUUACACAUAUAUAACAUGUGUUAGCAUAUAUCAUAUUCAAUAAAUGAAGUUGGCUUGUUAUCUGAAAGAUGAUUCAUCUGAUAAUUUUGUAUGGACUUGAUGUCUUUAACAGUUUUUUAAACAAUUUAUAAUCAAACUAUAAUUAAGAGUUCAACUACAUGUGUUUGAACUGACAUUUUCAUCAGUUUUAUAUAUUUAUUUAUUUAUUUUAUGAAUGUGAGAGAAACCCUGUGGUGAUUUAAAUGGAAGAAACAACCAAGAUAUCUGAUGUAUAUCACCUGCUAAAUAAUAAUCUGCGUCAAGUGAUGCGUUACACUAGUGAAGUGUGUCAUUUAAUGUUUUGUAAUCAGGGAAAGAUUAAAAAUGAUGCU